AUGGCUACUGUUUCAUCCUCACCUCUUCCUUUCUUCACUCUUAAAACUUCAAAUCUCUACAACAAGUCUUGUUUUUCUAAAUCCAAUUUUUCAUCAUCUAUGUUGGAUUUUGACUUGUAUGAUCUUCUAGGAAUUGAUAGUUCGUGUGAUCAGUCACAGAUCAAGACCGCCUAUCGAUCUCUUCAGACAUGCCAUCCUGAUAUUGUUGGUCUUGGUCAUGACAUGGCCAUCAUUCUUAAUGAUGCUUAUGCCAUUCUUUCAGAUCCAUUUGCACGACUCACUUAUGAUAAGCAUGCAAAGAUCACAGAAUUCAGAGGCUUCACCGGAAGAUCAACAUAUUCUGUAUGGUGUGGUUCAGAAAGUGAGGAGAGGGUUGUAUUUGUUGAUGAAAUAAAAUGUGUUGGAUGCCUAAAAUGUGCUUUGUUAGCUGAAAAGACUUUUGCUAUAGAAUCAGUUUAUGGAAGAGCUAGGGUUGUUUCUCAAUGGGCUGAUUUUGAACUAAAAGUUGAUGAGGCACAAGCUUGUCCUGUUACUGCAUUUCUUGUUGAGAGAUCCAAUCUUGCUACUCUAGAGUUCUUGAUGUCGAAGCAGCCACGUGGCAACGUUAGAGUCGGUGCGAGUAAUACAGCAGGUGUUCUUGUCUCGAACAUAUUUGUUGAUGUGGAGAAGUUUCAGACUAGAUUCCAACAAACAAUGGAAAAAGCUUCAAAGUACUCUAAGCUUAAUGCAUAUUCGGAAAAUGCUUCAUAUUAUGUAGCACCGAUGUCUCUAGAAAAAGGCGCAUCAGUGUCAGACAUCACCAACAAUUAA